AUGAACAGUAAACAGGCUGUCCGAAAAAAAGAUGACGAUGAUGUUUCAAUCGAAACUUUAAUUACUCCGGAAGAAAAAGAUGUUAUUUCCGAAAAAUCACCCAGCGAAUCUUCGAUUCAUCCUUGUUUAAGAGAUAUUGAUAUAAGUGAUUCACAAAUGAAAUUAUCCAAUUUGAGUACGAGCUUUCCAAUCCCAAAUGAUCCUGGAGUGGGCCCAGCAUUUCAGAUUCUAGCAAUUCAAGAAUCCUUUGAAGAAGGUGGGAUUUACAAAUUUGACGAACACGUCAGAUCCAAAGGUCUCAAGGUGAUACAAUCGAUUGCCAAAAUGUUGCAAACGGAAUACAUUGAUUUAAGAUAUUACGGAAUUGAUCCAAGAAUCGUUGAAAUUAUUUGUUGUGCUUUGCAAAAUAACGCAUCCGUUCAUACGAUUGAUUUUACGGAUAAUUGGUUGACCAAAAGUGCUUGUUAUUAUUUGGGUGAAUUAUUGCAGAAGAGUAACACAAUAAAUAAUUUAAUUUUAGCUAAAUGUCGAAUAGGUUCUAAAGGUACGGAAAAAUUAUGCGAUGGGAUUUCAGUAUCAUCCUCAUUAAUCACUCUCAACCUUAAUUCUUGUGAUCUUAAUGAGAAAGGAUUAGAAGUAUUAGCAUUAGCAGUAGGAGAUAAUCAAAGCUUGGAAGAACUUUUUUUAGCAAAUAAUAAUUUAAACAAAGCUUGUGCAGAACAUCUAUGCUACAUCAUAGCACAUUCGAAAUCUAUCAAAUGGUUAGAUUUAUCAUCGAAUUCGUUAUUUGAUCAACAAACUUGGAAAGGUUUAGCCAACGCUUUAUUGAAAAAUUAUAUUUUGGUUGGAUUAAAUUUAUCGUGGAACGGGAUUGAUUCUGAAUGCGUUAAAUAUUUAACAAUUAUUUUGAGAAGAUCACAACUUGAAAUUUUGGAUCUUAGAAAUAACAUGUUAACGAAAUCUGAUGCAGAAAUUAUUUCCAAACCAUUAUCGAAAAAUAAUGCAUUAGAAGAAUUAUAUUUAGGAAGUAAUCCUUUGGGAGCGGAAGGCGCAUUUAUUUUGAUUUCUUCUCUUACCUUGACAAAUUCACCGGACAGUAGUCUUCGUCUUUUAAAUUUAGAAAAUGUCUGGGCAGAUAAAAAUAUUCUGCCAGAAUUGGAAUCGAUAGAAAAUGAAAAACCAUGGUUGCAAAUAGAAUUAGGUGGUAUUCUACGCAAUUACAAAUUAGUGGGUCCAGAUGUUCAAAAAAUUCUUUUAAGAAGAGCUCAAUAUGAAGCAAUGGCACAAAAACGAAAGAAACGUAGAAGAAAUUUUGGUCAUUUUGUAUUAUCCUUAAACGAUAGACCAAUACGUAUAGGACAAUUUAGACAAUUAAUAAGAAACUUUAAAUUGAGAUUAUCUAAAUCACUUAUCAAAGAAAUUAUCAAUGCAUUUCCUGGACCAAGAAAAACAGUUGAUCAAGCUCUCAUAAAAGCAAUUUACUUAAAAGAAUUUCCUGAUACAAAACCACCUCCAGUCAAACCAUCAAUAAAAAAAGAAGAAGAAAAGAAAGAAGAGAUCGAAAAAGUAGAACUUGAAAAAUCAAAAGUAAAACAAAUACCUAAAGAAAAACCUGAGUAUUUCGAAGAAAUAAGCUAUGAAAUUGAAGAAGACAUAUUUAACGACUGGUACGAAGAAUUAAAAUAUUAUUAAAUUAAAACAAUUA